ACCGUCACUACGAGAGGACACAUGUAGCGUCGUUCCGACACUGACUUUACCUCUGCAGAGCGUGGUGUAAUCGAUUUUAAGUGGCGUGACAUUCAGCAUUUUUUUAAAAAUAUUUUAUAUACCACCACCUGAAACAGACAACUUCCAAAAUGCUAUGUGGUUGUAAAUUAGUUUGUAGACCUUACUUUAUAAAAGCUUACCUAUGGAAAAGUGAUGUAGAAAUUGAAAAGUGAUAACAGACUAUCGUUAUUGGUUUAGGUAUCUCAAGAUAGUGUCUUCUAGAGAAGGUUGUUGUGAUCACAGUCAUGUAAGAAGUAACAGUCAAAGGCAAUAGCAGUGGAUUCACUCAGUCAAGCUUUCAUUUGCGUUACGAAGAGGCAGUUGGAGAGAAAAUGAACUUAUCGUAAUGCGAUAAGGAAUACCCUGCGUUAAGAUACUGGCGUGACAGUAACACCCUCACAGCUGUGGAAGUUCGGUUGCAGGUGUUGGGCAGGUGUGAUGCGGCAACGCGGCCUCGUGUGCAUGGAAGGACGGAGAACCCGCACGACUCGAAUGCAAAGGCCGGCGCGGGGAAGACGGAUCCGAAGGAACAAGGAAGAGGCGUAAGAGGAGAAGGGCCCUUACAGGGAACGCCACACGAGUGCGAGAAGAGAGAGCGAGUUGCAAGCGGCGGUUCCUCCUCGACGUGACUUAUCAGGGCGAUGCUCCUGCCGCUCAUCGUCUGGAUCCUCUUCAGGUUUACAUCCACGCCUUAGAAUCGACAGUGCCAGGCUUCCGUCACAGCUUACCUUGUCCUCUGGAUAAGUCACGUGUCAUCCAAAUAUUAGAAGUUCAGCAAAGUCUUGAGGAAGAGUGUUUUAUUGGGCCAUGCAGAUUAGAAAUUUAAGCAAUAUAACAAAUAUAUUUGAACAUAGUGAAUACUAAAUAGACAAAAGUAGUCAUGACUCCCCCUCUAUUGCACUCCCGCCGCCCGCACUGCGUGUCGGCCUCCGUGCGCCAUGUCUACACAGCUCUCUCCCGCACGCGCCCGUUCGCGGCCUCCAGCCGGCGGACGCAGAGCGCGCCAACCCCGCCCACUCACGGCAUUUGGGGGGACUGCGGGUGGGGGCUAGCGAUGCUUGUGUAUCGCAGCAUAGGCUUGUGGGCGGCCGUGGGCGUGCCGUAUAUUGUAGGCAUUGUGGCUGGGCCAGUUGCGGGGCCAGCAGUUACGUCAUCGCUCCUAGUGGCAGCUGUUACGUCACUACUCACAGGUUUCUGCUUCGCAGAGUUGGUGACAUGGAACGGACAAUCCUCAGGUCACCUAUACACAGUGACUUACCAGCUGGUGGGGGAGUUCGUGGCCUACCUGCUGGGGGUCAUCAACACGCUGUUCACGGCCGCCGCACUCGCCGCCGUCAGUAAAGCACUGUCCGGGACGAUGGACUACAUGACAGGCAGGAAGGUGGAGGCGUUCGUGGGGCGUCUUAUAGGCCGCCUCCCCGGUUCGCAGGGCGUCCCAGACGUGAUCGCGGCGGGAGCCUCGCUCUCGGUGGCUGUCCUACUGGCGCUGGGCCUCGAGCAAUCUGGCUUCCUAAGAGCCAGCAUGGGCGUCACAUCGGUGCUGGCGCUUCUCUUCUUCCUUGUCGUGGGUGGGUCCCACACUGAGCAGAACACCGCCCAUUUGCACCACGCAAUCUCUUCGGAGUUACUGGCCGGUGCAGCAGUAUGCAUGGUGCUGUAUUGCAAUUUUUACGAGACGGGUCGACUGGUGAAGCAGCAGCGCCGCCCUCAGCGCGCGCUCCCCAUCGCCCUCUCCGUGAAUACCGGCCUCGCCUUCCUUGCCUUCUUCGCCCUUGGCAUCGUGCUAACGCUCAUGACAGGGAACGUGAUACCCCCGCAGGGCGCCCCGCUCCUGCAAGCACUGGAGCGACGUGACGUGGGAUGGGCUCGUCUCGUAAUGGGAUGUUUUCAGGUGGUAAUGCUCUGCCUGGCGCUAGUGGAGGCUGCUGACCCUCUAUGCAGGCAGGUGGUGGCACUGGCAGCAGAUGGUCUCCUUCCACCGUCGCUCUCUCACCAGUGCUCACGGACGAGCUCACACGCCCACGCCCACUUGACUGGAGGAACCUUAGCAGCCCUCAUGGGUCUGUUCUUCAGCCAUGUGCUCUUACUGCAAAUAAUGGCAACAUGUACACUUUGUCUGCAUGUAGUGGUGGUGCUAGUGGUGAUGUACAGAAGGCACCGUUGUUCGUAUGGAUCUCUGUGUUCUGUUGCAGCUACAGCCUCCUCGUGUUCCCCGUACAGUUACCAUCGACUGGCUCCUCCUCGACAUUCACGACAAGAACGGACUCUACAUUUUCUGAAGGAUGGUUUGCGUGUUCUGCCUCAGCGGGUUCUUCCCGGGAAGACAAAGGCUUCGCCACUCACGUCCCCGGGCUCCGAGAGCGGCGUCAGCGGACUCGGCCACGACGCCCGCGACACCGCGCCUCUGUUGGACAACCUCGAGACGUCGCCCACCUCUCCACUGCACGCACCCCUCAUUGCGCCCUCGACUCCCGCUACCCUGCAGACAGCGAAUGAGCGCUCGGUGCCAGUGGGCACUGCAUCCCAUGAACCUUCUCAAGCGGCUGACUCAGAGUCAGAGUCGGCUGCGUCAGGUUACGAAACGGAUACAGACGUGGAGGACGACAUAGACGCCGCAGUAGCAGAAUACCAAGAAAAACUGCGUGUAGCAACGCUGGACACCGGCGCGCCCUGCACGCCGAACCCCGCUUCAGCUAGGCGGGCGUGCUUGGCACUUGCAGGUCUGCUAUUAACUAUUAUCGUGGAAUCCCUUGUAGCAGUGUACGGGUGGCGAGGCGGCGGCACUCACCCGUUCCUGGUAGCGACUUUGGUCAUCUGCAUGUUGGUCACUCUCCUGCUGGUGGUCCUGCUCACUCGCUUGCCCGUCCUCCGUCCCAGCCAAACCGUCGCCUUCCGAGUGCCUGCCGCGCCGUGGCUCCCUGCUGCAGCUCUUUCCCUGAACUUCUUCUUGCUGGUGCAAGUAUUGAGCCACUCCUGGGCAGUCAUCCUCGUGUAUUUAUUAGCAGGUAUCUCGUGGUACUUCCUAUACGGGAUGCGCCACAGCGCCCUUGCCACACAGGAAGUCGUAACACAAAGAGUUCGCGCGAACGAGUUCAUCUGCCUGGAGCCCCUCGUGCCCCCUGCGCUGACCUCCACCCUUCUGCAGGCGUCCUCCGAGAGGCUGCCCGACCCCGCCCAACAUCACAGCUUCACCAGGUUAACGCAAGUCGAUACAGUACUCAUCACCAGGUGAAGAUCGCACUGGCAAUAAUAACUAUAGAAACUGUCAGCCCUUUGUAAGCAAUAAAGGGAUAUUUUUUAAAGAGGAAACCCUUCGUGAAAUGAACCGUCUUUAAACUAAACCCUUUUCUUCCAUAAAUCUGGUUAGUGUCAAGUGCCAUAAUUGUCUCUUUGAUAGAAUCAAAAGAUAUUUCUAGGCCUGCCCAAGCAAUAAGUAGAAUUAUCCACAAGGUGAAGGCAAUAAUGUAAAAUGAAGUUAUGAAGGGCAAACAAAGGUAUGUUAAUUUUUAUCCUAUUAGCAAAUGGAAGAAUGAUAGUAGGCGGAGCCUCAGUACAGGUAAGAAUAUGUUUUCCAACUUUAUCCUGGAUCUUGACGCACGGUGAAAUAUGUCAAAUUGCGUUUUUCUGUUUACAUAAGGCAAAAAUAGUUACGCUGGCCGUUCGUUUCUGCUUCCCAUGAGGAUAAUCCGUCGAACUCCCAAAAAUGAAAAUAAUAUAGAAUAAUUUAAGAAGAUUAGAGAGUAAGGUACUGAAAAGGUUAAAUGAAAUUAUGAAUAAAUUA